UCCAUGUUUUAAAAGGCCAGAAGAGGAUAAAUCAUGUUCAGCGAUUAAACAGUGAUUUGAAUCAUUUUAAAAUUAUGACAAACACAGAAGAAACUACUAUAGCAACAGUACUGUCCAAUAAAUCAAAUAUUAGUGAACCAGUAUUAGAUUUUUCGAAUAUAUCAAAAAAACUUACAAAUGGAUUAUUAUCUAUUUACCAAAAGCCUUUUGAAAACACUAAAAAUGAACUUGCAGGUUUAAUAUCGAAACAAGUUAUAUGCAUUACUCAAAUGCAAUCAGAAAAUAAAAAAUUAUGUGACAUACAAGAAGAUAUAGAACUGAAUAAUUUGUUUUCAACAAUGGAAACCUAUAAAAAAAAAUUACUAAAUAUUAAAAAAGAAAUCUUAGUAAUUCAUAAAAAAACAUUGAAACUUAAAUGUAAUGUAUUUAAUAAAAUUUAA